GAAUUAUUUUUAAAUAUAUUUUUAUAACAAAAAUAGUUGAAUUCCCAAAAUUUAGAUUCAGGAUCAAGACCAAAAUUAAAAAAAAAACUAGUUGACGUUUGUGAAUUGUUAGUGCUGUUAAAUUCCCAUGUAAUAAUUAUUUUAAAUACUUAGCUAUAUUAGGUAUUUUCUACAUAUUUUCAAGUUAAAGACUAUUUACAAUAAUGUUGCAUAUGAAGUUGCUAUAGAUUGCUCAAUUUUGAAGUUCUUUUUGAGAUACAAAGUAUUACAUUGUAUCUGAUAUGUGCGAGCGGUACCCAGGAUAUCUCUUCGGAGGGACUCCGGUCAGCAGCUGGGACAGAAGUUUUAAUUCACUAGAAAAUCAAAUCCAGCAGCAGUAUCGAGGGCGUGUAGGUGCGGGUGUCCGUUGCUGGGGCAGUAUGUCAGAGGGCGGGAUAUCCUCUGCGGGUGACGCGGGUAAGACCAACCUGAUCGUCAACUACCUGCCGCAGACUAUGACGGAGAAGGAUCUCUACGCGAUGUUCAUGUCCAUAGGACCCAUAGAGAGCUGCAGGGUUAUGAAGGAUUUUAAGACUGGUUAUAGCUAUGGGUUUGGUUUCGUCAACUUCACAAGAGAGGAAGACGCGGCACGAGCGAUCGAAACAUUCAAUGGAUAUCAAUUGAGGAAUAAGAGACUGAAGGUGUCCUACGCUCGUCCUUCCGGUGAGGAUAUAAAAGAGACCAACUUGUACGUAACGAAUCUGCCGCGUGCUAUAACCGAGGACCAGUUGGAGACGAUAUUCGGGAAGUACGGCAGAAUUGUACAGAAACAUAUACUGAGAGACAAGAGCAACGGCACUCCGAGAGGUGUCGCUUUUGUGCGGUUCGACAAACGUGAGGAGGCUCAGGAGGCUAUCGCUGCGCUAAACAACGUUAUUCCCGAGGGUGGUUCCGAGCCGCUGUGUGUUAAGGUUGCUGAAGAACACGGGAAGCAGAAGGCCGCGUACUACGCCGGUUGGGCCGCUGGCUUUCAUCACAACAGGGUCCCCCCCGUUAUACCGCAGCGGCACCACAGCCUGGACCAGCUGGAUAUGCUGCACCGCCAGGACUAUAACUACAUGUACCAGAACAGGUACCGCCACUACCAGCCGGCUUACAUGAACCAUCGCCCGUUUUGAAAAUUGUAUUGCAAAAAGUUCCGUCUCAACGAUACAAGGAUAUAGACGGACUGUAGGCGGUAUAUAGUCGGACUGUAGUUGGACAUAGAUGGACUAUAUACUCAAUUUUAUUAUUAAUACUUUUUCAUUGUUAGUAAUUCGUUAUUCGAUAUUGUGAUAUGGUCCCAUUUCGGAAUGUAGUUAUCAUUUGUAUCCUCGGUUAUGAUGUGCUAGUUUUGAUUGGUAUAACUCUAGGCUUUAAUGAAACGUUAGCAGCGUUCAUGGUAUUGAUGUUGUUGUCGUAAAAAGCGGUUACAUAUAAACGAGUGACCAAAUUUUAAUCUUAAAUUAAGAUAAGUAACAAACAAAGAAAAGAAAAAAAAAAACCAAACCAUAGACGGCAUAUUUUUUUUUAUAUUGCUUUAUAAAAUUCAGACUGUAAUUGUAUUUUCAGUUAAACGGUUCAUAGUUUAGUAAUAAAGAUCCGUAGAAUAUGCAUUUCUUUGUAUCGCAUUCAGGUUUAUGUCUAUAGAAUGCUGUUGCAUAGACGAGACGAGUUUUCCAAUACUAUUAUAAGAAAGUAUCCUAUUUUACUGAUACUUAUACUACAACAUUAUACUAAUAUAACAUAAUAUAGCAUAGAUCUGUUUCUGUUUACGUUAAGAAAUAAAAGUUAUUGUAUUAGAUAUGAGGUAAAAUGAAAUGUAAUAACUAGACUUAAUGUGUAAGUUUGCGUGUCAAUUUCUUGAUUUUAUGUAAGCAACACUAUCUUCUAUAUAUUAAUUUCCUUGCUUUUUUUAUAUCACACAAUUUUAAAAGUGAUAUAGCUGUUUUUUUUUUUUAUCAUAAUCAAAUCAUAUUUCUGAACGUAAUAUGUGUCAUUUAUUUGAAAGAUGUGUCAUUUUGUUUCGAAAUUUUUGGGCUUUAAAUUUUUUUCAUUACUUUAUAUUUCGUCAACAUGUCCUAUACCUACUAUAUUUCAUUAUUUUUCUCAGAUAUUAUUAUAAAUACAUAUGAAAUAAUUUUCAGGUAAUUGAUAUAAUUAUACUUCGUGGAAUUAUCUAUAGUAGAUGGUGUUGCCAUAUGACGGCUUAUAAACCGUGACGUGCUCAAUACAAUUUACUAGUCUGUUAAACAGAGAUUAAAAUUUAUAUGAAAAAAAAAAAUAAAAAAUAAAUAUCGCUUCUCGUAUUAAAAGUAAUUUUUUAGCUUUGUUAAUCGUAAUUCUACUUUGUAUUGUAGUUUAGAUUCAAAGUAAUUUAACACUGUAAUAAUUUACUUUCGAUUAUUGCGGGUAGUUUUCAUUUGUCGUUCGCGUUUGUCUUUGACCAGAGACGUUGCAAUUUAAGAUGUGGAAUACAUAACGUGUAUAGCAGUUUAAUUUUGUAACCAUUCAAAGUAAAUAUUAUUUGUUCAGUUCGAAAUAUGGUGUUGAUGUAUCUCAAAAGUCUCUAGAUAGUAACUAUGUACAACUUCGUUCUACUAUAAAGUAAUAAUUAGCGUACUUAAGUGUAAUGUCCGAUAUUUAUGAGCCAUACAUGAUAGUAUCCCUGGCAUAUGAUCGUUAGAUAUGAAUGCAUAUAUUUUUCUGUAAACAUCCGACUUGAUACCUAAAAAUGACAAUAUACAUUCACGAGUAAUAAAUAUUCUUAUGUAGUUUCCGUGUCUAAGAAUCUUUUUUUUUAAUUACCUGUGACGGGCGCUGGAUGUUUUUGUUUAUUUGAUAUAUCUGUAUUUUGUUAGUUACAUAUUAAAAAAAUAACACUUCUAGGUUCAUGUUCCAGCGCCCGACACAUUUGUAUUGUUUAUCCUAAUGUAAUUUUAAACGGUAGGUUUACGGUUCAGUGGGUAAAGCUGAAUAGCGUAUUUGUUAUAAGAAAUUCUAAUCUUAUGACUCGUAACUUAUGUUCCGGCGUUUCUCAUUGAAUACGUGCUUAGUAAGAUAGUUAUAGUUUAAUGAAUUGUGCCUAAUGCGUAUUUUCUAAGUCUAAAAUGUUGGUGGUCGUUGUUGUUAUGGAAAUGCAAGUUUCGAUGUUAAAUCUGUUACGCAAUAAAAACAUUUCAGUGCCAUUUAUAUCAUAAGAUUUUGGUCUGUGUAAAUAUAUGGAGAUGGAUCAAUAUUGUGAUCGACUUCAUGUAUUUGUAGUAAUACGAUAAGUCUUUCAAUGGGCAUAUAGUAAUUUCAGAACGGUAUGUUUUUUCUUUUAUUACAUAAAACGAUCAUUUUGUCGUAUUCAACAGUCGUUGUAAGCAUUUCUAUGACGUACCUAUUCCAAGUUUAAUAUAUAUAUAUAUAUAUAUAUAUAUAUAUAUAUAAUUGUAACGAAACAUUUAUAACAUAUUUAAUGAUUAUAUGAUUAGUCUGAUAAUAUGUUAUUUAGAAGUGGUUUCUAGCAUAUAAGUUGUCUUAAUAAAACUAUACGUUUAGUGAAGAGUA